AUGAAUACAUUUUCGCAUGUUCCCCCAGGCUUUAGAUUCCAUCCGACAGAUGAAGAACUUGUGGAUUACUAUCUCAGGAAAAAGGUAGCAGCAAGACGGAUUGAUCUAGACGUCAUCAAAGAUGUUGAUCUUUACAAAAUUGAGCCAUGGGAUCUUCAAGAAUUGUGCAAGAUAGGAGUUGAAGAGCAGAAUGAGUGGUACUUCUUUAGCCAUAAAGAUAAGAAGUAUCCGACCGGAACACGCACUAACAGGGCAACGAAAGCAGGGUUUUGGAAAGCAACAGGAAGGGACAAGGCGAUCUACGCUAAACACAGCUUGAUUGGCAUGAGAAAGACCUUGGUUUUCUAUAAAGGUCGAGCUCCAAAUGGUCAAAAGUCCGAUUGGAUCAUGCAUGAGUAUAGGCUUGAGACCAAUGAAAAUGGAACUCCUCAGGAAGAAGGAUGGGUUGUGUGUAGGGUGUUCAAGAAGAGAAUGGCCACAAUGCGGAAAGUCGGGGAGCACGAGUCGCCGUGCAGCUGGUACGAGGACCAAGUCUCCUUCAUGCAUGAUCUCGAUUCUCCGAGACGUAUCUCUCACCCAACAUACAACACAUACCAUCAACAUUAUCCCUGCAAGCAAGAGCUCCAUGAGCAUCAUCAGUUACAGUACAAUAUGCCUCAUGGAGCUCACGUUGAGCCCUUCCUCCAACUCCCUCAGCUCGAAAGCCCCAAAGUUAAUGCACAGACUGCGGCAGCUGUGGCCAGCCUAAGCUGCAACUCGGCCAACCCCUAUGGCUUCGAUAGGAGCAAUGGAAACACUCUGCAGACCUCGACCCUCACCCGCGAAGAGCAAAGCUACCAGCACAACAAUUUGAACAACGCAUUUUACAGUAGCAGCAAUGAGCUACAGGCGGUGGAUCAAGUGACCGAUUGGCGAGUGCUCGAUAAAUUUGUCGCAUCACAGCUCAGCCAAGAAGAUGGGUCUAAGGAUCAAACCCAGUAUUCGAAUGCACAAAAUUUUCACGUGGGUGCAGCAGAGCACAUGAACAUCCUCAUGGGGGACGUCAAGAGGCAUGAGAUGACGCAGGAGUAUCCAUCCACAUCCACCUCCAGUUGCCAGAUUGAUCUGUGGAAGUAA